AUGCCAAAGAUCUUCCAGAAGCCGAGUGAUCAGCAAAUGGACCGAAAGGGCAAGAGCAAGAGCACGGACACUUCGGCUAGUCAGAGCGAGGAUUCGAACCUUCUGCAGCCAUAUCACACGCCUGUCACGAGAUUACGGCAAUCCGAGUCACGUCCAAGCUCGAGCAUAGGGAGCUCACCACUGAGUGUGCAAGUGACGAGCAACGACGCAGAUCAUGUCGCGGACGGAGUUGAUGCGAACAUGCGACCUCGAUCGAGCCUAACGCCAGACCGGGGAGUCAGUCUCGAGAUACCGGAGCAGAAGAUCGAGAUCAGAAAACGACCAGUCGCAAGUGCAGGUUUUGACUCAGAUCCUGCCCAGAUAGUCAACAUGGCUUUAAGUCUGAGCGAGGCGAGACGGCGGCAGGCGUCCGAACGACGGUACAUUUCUGCUACUCAACCCAUACCCGGCAGAAAUGUCUCUGCGGCACACACCGGCAGUGCUCGAAGUCGCCAGCAACGUGUUGGCAGCGUCGCCCAAUAUCUUCAGACUCAGCGUACACCAUCACUUAGGAGCAGCAUCGGCGGCCCGGUGCGCAUUCCGAACACACCGCCCACAAAUGAUGCUACGUUGGUCGACGAUGUCGAUGAUGCUAUGGACGUCGAUGACUGGGAGCAAGAUGUAUCUGCGCCAACACAAGCUCGAGUUGAGAAAGCAAAGGCCUUCUUCGAGCUGAGCUACGAGCAUCGGCGCCUUCUCUCGCAUUUGCCUCCUGUCCGGCGUCCAGGUACAUCUGUCAAUCCUGCCAACCCGGACUCUCGAAGCAAAGCCUAUAAUCCGCUGCAGUAUAUUCGCAAUCGCAAGUUGCGUCUUUGGAGCAAGACUGCCAUUGAUGCGGAAGCCGAGGGCUGGCAUGACGUUGAGAAACACGAUGAAGAUGAAUGCGUUCGUCUCCCACCUCUUGUAGAGAGGGAGAAGGAGCGCAACGGCAACAGUAGAGCGGCAUCUCAAAGUGUUUCUACGGAAAGAUAUGCGAUUAGAUCGCAUCAGGACUCGACGAUCAAAUCUCGUCGACCACGAUCCGAUUUCGUUUUCCAUCCGGGAGAUCUGAUUGCCGAUUGCUUUUGGUUGGAGCAAGGUAUCAACAAAUCGAGGAUCUUGGACAGGGACAACAACAACAUAUACCCACCUAAUACACAAUUCAAAUUUUCUGGCUGGCGCAAUCGGACACCUGUUCAUCUACCAGAGGGCCUGCAGCAACCGUCGCCACCAGGGUCAGACGCAGAGGACGAAGUCAAGGAUUCUUCACUUCAUCCCGUCUCUGAGCUGCCGCGAAGCAAGGUCAAGGACUCCAUCGCCGCUGCCGACGAAGGAGGUUUUGCCAAGGGCUUGAAAGUCCUGAUGGAUGAUUCCGCCUCUAGCGGCUCGGAUGACUCUUCGGGAUCAGGCAGCUCAGGGGAUGAGAGAGAAAGAGGCAGGAAAAGGCUCAGAAAACGUCAAAAGCAGAACAUAGAUGUCUCUCCCGGCCAGGUUCCCACCCUGCCACCAGUGCGGAACCUUCACGACACAACAGCAAGUGAUCAGAGCGCUCCCUCAUCGAGGCAAGCUUCCAAACGGGCAUCUCUUGAUCAUGGCCCGUCACGAGUAGGACGCUUUUUGAAGAGGGAAUCCGCUUCGAAGAACCGCAAGAGCACGUCCACAACACGAGAAGAGCACCGUCCGCAAGAUGCGGUCGAUAAGUUCCCGGUCCUUGAGGAACAGCCUCGUGCCUCUGCGGAAUACGAUACCACUGCACCGAACUCGCCGACCCACACGCACUGGCCAAGCAUUGCCAUAAAUCUCGAAUCACCUCCACCGAGUCGAUCAACUUCGCCAGCAAAAAGGCAAAGUCAUGUAGCUGCGAUUCUCAAGCCACUGCACAGACAUCAUAAACAGGAGUCGAUCUCUGCUGUGGACUUUGGCGCCUCGUCAAAGAAGUCGUCCGUGUCUGCACCAGGUGAGAAAGCUAAAGACGACUCCACCGACGCCUCUCGUGGUACCAGUCCAAUGACGCGUGGGCAAAGUCCGAUGACAAAACGUGACUCUGAUCUACCUGUCGCGAAUGCUGUUUACGAAAGUCAUCCCAUGAGCCGCUACAGUACCAAGUCAAGCGCUCCUUCAGACCAUCACAAGCUUCGCGGCAUUUUCAAAGGUGGCCGGAUCGCCGAGAUCGUUGGACACGAAGUCUCGAAAGUCGGCGACUACAUCUGGAAGAAAGACCCGCCUCCGGCCUACCGCGGACGCAAGCCAUCGGAAGAGGGCUCUGGGUACGAGACUGAUGAGGAGACGGAGCCUAUGAAUGGUGCUGUGCUCAAGACUCCGCCCGCGCAUAUAGUUCGGUCAAGAUCAUCAACAGUCUCGAGCACGAAGAGCGAUUCGCCGAAGGUGAACAACAAAAGUCCACCUUCGAGCGGACGGCCGAAGUACAACAAUCCGAACCUCCCUAGCUUUACAUCACCCUUUGACAAGGACCGCGAAGCUCAAGAGAAGAAGACCGCGCUACUCACUCCAACGGCGACUCGGGAUGAUCACAUUUCGCGCCAAGCUGCUGAACACCGAUCCAAUUCGAGAAGUCCUAGAAUGGACAGACUAGCGCCUCCGAAGCUGGACACGGGCGAUCGAUCUAGCAGCGGCAGCCGUCUCACGCCUCAGCGAUCUCGCGAAUCCGCUGGCCUUGGCUUGGUCUUGACCCGUUCUCAGGAAGCGACCAACAAGCUAAACACAGCACUUGGCGACAAGGUUGGACUCGACCUCACCCGCAUGGCCACGCACGACCUCGACGAAUCACCUUACGUCACCUUCCGCGACAUCAACCGUGCUGUGGCAUUCAUCUAUACCUCCACCGUCAAAGCCAGGGAAAUAAGUCGACACGCAGACUUGCCUCGCAAGCGGCCGCAGUACAUGACAGAUGCCAUGACCGGCUUCGGCAGGGACUCACACGCCCGCGCCGACCUAGCGAUGGUUGCUCGACGCGAGGAGAAAGUCGUUGCGGCACGGCAGAUCAUGGAGAGACUCACGGAAGACCACGAGACAUUCACCACUAAAUUACAAGAGUUCUCUGGCACCACGGCACCGGCCUUAGCACGACUUCUCCAGGAGCAGGAAGAUCUCGUUGAGAACAAGAUGACUCCGCGUGUGAGGCAGAGUGCUGACGAAGCCGGCGAACUGAGUAUCAGGCUGGCCUCUACCAGUACAUUGGCAGUGAAGGGUGUCAAUGAGGCGAUCGAUGCCGCUAUGAUGAAACGAGUAGGAGGGCCGAUGCGGUGGGUCAGAAGCACGUGGUACAGGGCCGUGGAGAUGACGGUUGUGAGCUUGUUGUGGGCUAUCUGGGCAGUCGUGAGUAUCAUAAGGGUCUUCUUGGCCAUAAUAAGUGGCAGUGUCAGGGGAGUCAGGUGGUUGCUGUUCCUGUGA